CAGUCGGAUCUAGUUCGUGCGUUUCAUCAAUAUUAAAUAUUGAAAAAGUCACCCAUUGACGUAAUCAGCAAUCUUUCAAUCGUAAUGCACCAGACACAACACGACAAACGUGUCGCGAAUUAUGGCCAACCGUUCAGUGUUCCUUCGUCAUCACCAAGAUUGCGUGUAUCUUUUCCCAAGAAUCACAUCUUUUGCAGAACUGCAAAUUUACGCAUUUACAUUGAUACUUUCCCUCGGACGUAUAGCACUAGAAUUCUCUUUGUGUCAUUUCUCUUCGUUAACGUAAGUUAGCGUUCGAGCGUUAUAAUUAUGAAAGAAUUAAUCAGAGAUACUGUAUGAACCAUUUAAUAAGAACGUAAAGAACCAUUUCUUGUGAUAAUCGCGACUAAUGUCACACUAUUUCAUAACUAAUCGUGUAUUAACAUCUGCUUUUUACGAAUUUCUAUGCACACAGAUAUUUAUUUCAAUGAAAACCACUUUCGAAACAUAACAACGGACAUUGUAGAAACUGCGUUAUUCGUAAUUGGAUACUACAGUAACUGAACAAACGAUACCUUUCGUUUCAUUGCUUGUACUUACACAUCUAAUAAAUGCCUGAAUCAUUUAACAUCAAUUAUUUGUUUACUUGGAAAGGGAUCUUUUUUACCUAAGCUAUCAUCGUUCAAACAUUUUGUGUAUAAUUAUUACUUCUAAUACUCGCAGAUAGUGAACUUAUGUUAGACGUCGUACUGCGAAAUGUGUCGACUAAUUUGCAGCCUGUUCCAUAUGCGAUAUCUCCCACAGUGGUAAGCACAUAAAGGAGAAUUACGUAUUCAAGCGGAAUUCGAGAGAAAACUCUCAGGCUGUUAUUAGUAUUGCAACAGGAAUUAUUUCAUAUUUUAUUUCUUUCGUACUAAGAAUAGGCAAGUAACUGCAUACAACUGAACUAUUACCUCUACACGAUUUCUUUAUUAGUUUCAUUAGAAUUCUCGCGAAUUAUUCCACAGUAAAGCGUUCUGCUUGAAGACAGAACGUUGUGAUCUCUUGACACGGUAGUCGGCUUUAAGUUCGCGUCGGUAUGUUUCGAAAUGUAGCGCCAAAAACAGCGAUAGCUUUUACUCAAUUUAUCCUGGGAUUGUCCUGUUGUUGGCCGCUUUCAUCGACGGCUACAAAGUUUCAGACACUUUGCUUCAAGAUCUUGAGAUCCGUGUUAUUUCUCAAUGCACUUUUACUCUUUUGUCCUUUGUUGUAUGCAAUAUAUGUGCACCGCUAUGAUACAGUAAUGUUUUGUAAAGCAAUUUCUUUGGCACUUGCUGUUUUACAAGUACUUCUGCAUUCCUUCUACUGUUUCAAUCAGUAUGAUCGAUAUCAGCUAUUAAUCGAAGAGAUGAAAUCUUGUUGUAAGAAAGCAAAUUCAUACGAGAGACAGGUCUUCCAACGAUACGUGGACAAGUACGCCAUAUACUACGCGGCAUCUGCAGCUUGGUUUUAUUGGUGCGGUGCAAUUGUUCCCAUCGGAACAUUCUUCUUACCCGAUCCCUUUCCAACGAAUGCAGAAUAUCCGUUCCCAGUUGAUUUUGAACCCGUGAGAAGCAUAAUUUUCUUGCAACAAUCGCUCGUGGGUAUGCAGUGCUCGUCACUUCUGUGCACUAAUAUACUUUGCGCGUUACUGUUGCUCUUCGCUGCAGCGCGCUUCGAGAUUUUAAUGACCGAAAUACGUACCGCUAACGGUGUUAACUCAUUGAUAAAAUGCGUAAAAAAAUAUUAUUCUCUGAAAAGAUACGCAGAAGAAGUGGCGGACACGGCUCGAUAUACGACUCUGAUUACGCUAUGCAUCUGUGGCGUAGAAAGCGUAUUUGCUGGUAUCAUUUUUAUCGGACGACAACCAUUUACUCUGAAACUUCAAUUUGUUACCGUAUCUGUAACUGUGCUAAUGGCGGUAUUCAUGUGCGCGUGGCCAGCUGACAAUUUAAUAGAUGUAAGUGAAAAUACUAUGCGUGCGGUUUACCAAUCUAAAUGGUAUGAACAGUCUCUAAGGAUGCAAAAAUUUAUAUUAUUCAUGAUGAUUCCACAAUCUCCGGUCAUCUUACGAAUCAAGUGUAUCAUUCCAGCUUUCUCACUGAACUAUUAUUGCUCGUUCAUCACAAACGUGCUUUCUAUGUUUACGGCUCUACGAGUUGUUAUGUAUCAAGAUGAAGAUUGAGUAGUUGGCGAUAUUUAACAAUCAUUUAUGAAUUUUGUAAUGACUUAAUCGUUACACAGUAAAUUGUUUCCC